CUGAGAAAGAGGGAGUAGGGGGAAACAGACGGGUGGGGGGAGAAGAGGUAUAAAAGUAUAAAAGCCUUGCUAAACAGAAUAAAGAAAUAUCCCCAGAGAGAGAGAGGGAUUCUGAAAGAGACUUUACCAGAGAGUUGACACCAUAACUAUCUUCUUAGGACCAAGAGACCGACAGACCGCCAGAGUGAGGAUGAGGACUCUCCUCCAGUGUGUGGCCCUGUCUGUCACCAUCUCUCUCUGCGUCUGCUACGAUUCUCAAGAAAGCACAGAAUCCUUUGAAGAUGUGUUUGUCAGCCCUUCCCGAGCCAACUCAUUCAUCAACCCACAGAGUCCACAGAGGGGAAGUGCCUACAACACUCCAUCAAGAGGCAGCACUUACAGGAGAACAAUGAAGUCUCCAGCGGAGAGGCGCACAGAGACAUGUGAGGACUACUCUCCCUGUCGCUUCUUUGCCCAUCGCUAUGGUUACCAGCUGGCCUAUCAGAGAUAUUUUGGAGCCAGGAAUCCAGGCACGAUGGGGAGCCGUGGAUUCUGAGUCCUUGUCCAUCUUAUCAUAGCAAUUAUUCCUGCUAUUGAUUUACUGUACGCUCAUUCAACACACUCUGACAUUACGUAACAGGAUAUUGGUUCAGUGAUGUAACAGUGAUCUGGCCAUGGCACACCCACGAACAGUGGUGUAAAGUACUGAAGUAAAAAUAUUUUAAAGUA